AUUGUUUGUUUUAAAAAACGUAUACUGUUUUAGCCUAAACAGCUCAGUAUUGCUCCACUUUACAGAUAGCCGGUGGAUUUAUUUGAAAGGGCAGCGGGCGCUUUCCAUGGUGCUGAAUGGCUGUUAAAAUGCAGCGUUCCUUUGAAAGGGUUUCAUAAUUCCUACAAGCAGCCUGCGAAAUGUUGUCCAGCAGCGCUCAAAACUUCGCUUUUCUUCUCGCUCACCGCACACGCUCGAAAGGUGGAGUUUGUUAGUGCGUUGCUUGAGAACCCCGGCUGCCCGUGGCUAUUGGAAAAGGCUGCUGAAAUCCCAGUCUCCUCAUUGGCAAUGCAAAAGCAGGAGGGACCGGAACAAGAAGAGCGCAAGUCACCUGUGUUUCGUGAGGUAGCCUAGCAGUGUGGUUUUUGCUCUACAGAGAGAAGACGCAAUUCAAACCGUUCACUCGUUGUAUUGUGACAUGAGAAAAGUGUCGCUAGCCAUGAUUUCAACGUGCAGGUGAAACCGGAAAGGGUGUUUUUUGUUUCAGUCCAACUGCACAACUUCUAAAACAAAAACCAAUAAUUCAUCUUGUUUAUCGUGCGCGAGCGCUCAAAUAUUUCGCGCCACUCUCUCAAACGUCACACUUCCUCAAAAACUCUAAACUGUUUGGAGUGAAAAAAAUGUCCCGCAAAAAGGCGGGUAAGUGCAAAAACGGCAACAGCAGCCCGAUGACAGGCAGCCCCACCGGAAAACAGAACGGGAAAACUGGGAAGAGCACCGCAGGGACGGGGAGCGUGGUGCAGGCGAACGGUAUGGUUCAUCCGAGCAGACCCUCACUCAGCAACAGCAGCGAGUUUUAUGACAUCGCAUUCAAGGUGAUGCUGGUGGGAGACUCCGGGGUGGGGAAGACCUGUCUGCUGGUGCGCUUCAAAGACGGAGCCUUCCUGGCAGGAAGCUUCAUCUCUACUGUGGGCAUCGAUUUCAGGAAUAAAGUGCUGAACAUUGACAGACUGAAGGUGAAACUUCAGAUCUGGGACACAGCUGGACAGGAGCGUUUCCGCAGCGUCACACACGCCUACUACCGUGACGCCAAUGCUCUCCUGCUGCUGUAUGACGUGACCAACAGAACAUCUUUUGACAACAUCAAGGCCUGGCUGACUGAGAUCCAUGAUUACACCCAGCAGGAUGUGGUCCUGAUGCUGCUGGGAAACAAGGCUGAUGCCACGCAGCAGAGGGUGGUGAAGAGAGAGGAUGGAGAGAGGCUGGCCAAGGAGUUUGGGGUUCCAUACAUGGAGACCAGUGCAAAGUCUGGCCUCAAUGUGGAGUUAGCCUUCACUGCUGUGGCCAAAGAGCUGAAGCACAGGUCUAUGAAGGAGCCCAACGAGCCCAAGUUUAAGCUUCAGGACUACGUCAACAAGGAGAUGAAGAGUGCUGGAUGUGCAUGUUAGAUCACUCUCUGUGUGUGUGCGUGUGUGCGUGCUAGCUCGUGUCUUGCUCCACGUCAGAUGUAUUACACUCAUAAAAGAUGAUGUUAUAUGACUACCUGCGGCCUCAGCCUGUGAGAUAGAGAGCCAGUCAUGUGCGAGAUAUACCUACGUCACUAACCACACAGUUUGCCCUUCCUUUGUCCUCUCUAUGCCCUCUGAAAGAAUCCAUUAUGUCCAUAUUCUAAGGUUAUCUGUGAGGCGUCUCUCUCCUCACCUCUCUUCCGUCUCUCUUCACCUCUCUCUUUUCCUCUCCUUUCUCUCUCCUCCUGUUUUCUGGGACCCACUGCUCCACCUCCUUCUGCAUCUGUGAAUGUACUUCAAUAUCCAGCCAUGACUCUUACCCCAUCAGUGCUGUCUGACACUGUUAACCCUACGGCUGUCUGACCCUGUUAACCUACUCUGACCCUGUUAACCCCAUGACUAUCUGACCCUGUCAACCCCAUGACUGUCUGACCCUGUUAACCCUGUGACUGUCUGACCCUGUUAACCCUGUGACUGUCUGACCCUGUUAACCCCAUGACUGUCUGACCCUGUUAACCCUGUGACGGUCUGACCCUGUUAACCCCAUGACUGUCUGACCAUGUUAACCCUAUGACUGUCUGACCAUGUUAACCCCAUGACUGUCUGACCCUAAUAACCCUAUGACUCUCUGACCCUGUUAACCUAGUCUGACCCUGUUAACCCCAUGACUGUCUGACCCUGUUAACCCCAUGACUGUCUGACCCUAUUAACCCUAAGACUGUCUGACCCUGUUAACCCCAUGACUGUCUGACCCUGUUAACCCCAUGACUGUCUGACCCUGUUAACCCCAUGACUGUCUGACCCUGUUAACCCCAUGACUGUCUGACCCUGUUAACCCCAUGACUGUCUGACCCUGUUAACCUAGUCUGACCCUGUUAACCCCGUGACUGUCUGACCCUGUUAACCCCAUGACUGUCUCACCCUGUUAACCCCAUGACUGUCUGACCCUGUUAACCCCAUGACUGUCUGACCCUAUUAACCCUAAGACUGUCUGACCCUGUUAACACCAUGACUGUCUGACCCUAUUAACCCUAUGACUGUCUGACCCUAUUAACCCUAUGCCUGUCUGACCCUGUUAACCUAGUCAGACCCUGUUAACCCCAUGACUGUCUGACCCUGUUAACCCCAUGACUGUCUGACCCUGUUAACCCCAUGACUGUCUGACCCUGUUAACCCUAUGACUAUCUGACCCUGUUAACCCCAUGACUGUCUGACCCUGUUAACCCUGUGACUGUCUGACCCUGUUAACCCUGUGACUGUCUGACCCUGUUAACCCCAUGGCUGUCUGACCCUGUUAACCCCAUGACUGUCUGACCCUGUUAACCCUGUGACGGUCUGACCCUGUUAACCCCAUGACUGUCUGACCCUGUUAACCCUAUGACUGUCUGACCAUGUUAACCCUAUGACUGUCUGACCCUGUUAACCCUAUGACUGUCUGACCCUGUUAACCCCAUGACUGUCUGACCCUGUUAACCCCAUGACUGUCUGACCCUGUUAACCCCAUGACUGUCUGACCCUGUUAACCCCAUGACUGUCUGACCCUGUUAACCCCAUGACUGUCUGAACCUGUUAACCCUAUGACUAUCUGACCCUGUUAACCCCAUGACUGUCUGACCAUGACUGUCUGACCCUGUUAACCCCAUGACUGUCUGACCCUGUUAACCCCAUGACUGUCUCACCCUGUUAACCCCAUGACUGUCUGACCCUGUUAACCCCAUGACUGUCUGACCCUAUUAACCCUAAGACUGUCUGACCCUGUUAACACCAUGACUGUCUGACCCUAUUAACCCUAUGACUGUCUGACCCUAUUAACCCUAUGCCUGUCUGACCCUGUUAACCUAGUCAGACCCUGUUAACCCCAUGACUGUCUGACCCUGUUAACCCCAUGACUGUCUGACCCUGUUAACCCCAUGACUGUCUGACCCUGUUAACCCUAUGACUAUCUGACCCUGUUAACCCCAUGACUGUCUGACCCUGUUAACCCUGUGACUGUCUGACCCUGUUAACCCUGUGACUGUCUGACCCUGUUAACCCCAUGGCUGUCUGACCCUGUUAACCCCAUGACUGUCUGACCCUGUUAACCCUGUGACGGUCUGACCCUGUUAACCCCAUGACUGUCUGACCCUGUUAACCCUAUGACUGUCUGACCAUGUUAACCCUAUGACUGUCUGACCCUGUUAACCAUAUGACUGUCUGACCCUGUUAACCCCAUGACUGUCUGACCCUGUUAACCCCAUGACUGUCUGACCCUGUUAACCCCAUGACUGUCUGACCCUGUUAACCCCAUGACUGUCUGACCCUGUUAACCCCAUGACUGUCUGACCCUGUUAACCUAGUCUGACCCUGUUAACCCCAUGACUGUCUGACCCUGUUAACCCCGUGACUGUCUGACCCUGUUAACCCCAUGACUGUCUGACCCUGUUAACCCCAUGACUGUCUGACCCUGUUAACCCCAUAACUGUCUGACCCUGUUAACCCCAUGACUGUCUGACCCUAUUAACCCUAAGACUUUCUGACCCUGUUAACCCCAUGACUGUCUGACCCUAUUAACCCUAUGACUGUCUGACCCUGUUAACCUAGUCGGACCCUGUUAACCCCAUGACUGUCUGACCCUGUUAACCCCAUGACUGUCUGACCCUGUUAACCCCAUGACUGUCUGACCCUGUUAACCCCAUGACUGUCUGACCCUGUUAACCCCAUGACUGUCUGACCCUGUUAACCCCAUGACUGUCUGACCCUGUUAACCCCAUAACUGUCUGACCCUGUUAACCCCAUGACUGUCUGACCCUAUUAACCCUAAGACUUUCUGACCCUGUUAACCCCAUGACUGUCUGACCCUAUUAACCCUAUGACUGUCUGACCCUGUUAACCUAGUCGGACCCUGUUAACCCCAUGACUGUCUGACCCUGUUAACCCCAUGACUGUCUGACCCUGUUAACCCCAUGACUGUCUGACCCUGUUAACCCCAUGACUGUCUGACCCUGUUAACCCCAUGACUGUCUGACCCUGUUAACCCCAUGACUGUCUGACCCUGUUAACCCCAUGGCUGUCUGACCCUGUUAACCCCAUGACUGUCUGACCCUGUUAACCCCGUGACUGUCUGACCCUGUUAACCCCAUGACUGUCUGACCCUGUUAACCCCAUGACUGUCUGACCCUGUUAACCCCAUGACUGUCUGACCCUGUUAACCCCAUGACUGUCUGACCCUGUUAACCCCAUGACUGUCUGACCCUGUUAACCCCAUGACUGUCUGACCCUGUUAACCCCGUGACUGUCUGACCCUGUUAACCUAGUCUGACCCUGUUAACCUAGUCUGACCCUGUUAACCCCGUGACUGUCUGACCCUGUUAACCCCGUGACUGUCUGACCCUGUUAACCCCGUGACUGUCUGACCCUGUUAACCCCGUGACUGUCUGACCCUGUUAACCCCAUGACUGUCUCACCCUGUUAACCCCAUGACUGUCUGACCCUGUUAACCCCAUGACUGUCUGACCCUGUUAACCCCAUGACUGUCUGACCCUAUUAACCCUAAGACUGUCUGACCCUGUUAACCCCAUGACUGUCUGACCCUAUUAACCCUAUGACUGUCUGACCCUGUUAACCCCAUGACUGUCUGACCCUAUUAACCCUAUGACUGUCUGACCCUGUUAACCUAGUCGGACCCUGUUAACCCCAUGACUGUCUGACCCUGUUAACCCCAUGACUGUCUGACCCUGUUAACCCCAUGACUGUCUGACCCUGUUAACCCUAUGACUAUCUGACCCUGUUAACCCCAUGACUGUCUGACCAUGACUGUCUGACCCUGUUAACCCUGUGACUGUCUGACCCUGUUAACCCCAUGGCUGUCUGACCCUGUUAACCCCGUGACUGUCUGACCCUGUUAACCCCGUGACUGUCUGACCCUGUUAACCCCAUGACUGUCUGACCAUGACUGUCAGGGUCAG